UUUCUCUCUGUUUAAGUCUUCCACAUUUGAGUCCAAUGGUAAGAAGGGUAGUGAGUGAACAACAUUUCAUUAUCUCUAGUCUUUCUGAUUUCUAAUUUUUUUUUUCUCUAAGGGUGUUUUGUGAUGGGCAAUUUCAAGUUCAAGUUAUCUGAUAUGAUGCCCAAUGCCUGGUUUUACAAGCUCAAGGAUAUGAGCAGAGCCAGAAACCAGACAAAUUCUCAAUCCUUGAAAAAAAAAGAGUCAAUUUCUUCUACUGCUACAACAACAACAACGCAGCUAUCAAAACCAAAACAAAAACAAGCCCACGACCAUUAUCAGUAUCCAAGAAGGUCUUAUUAUUUCACUAGAGAGAUUAUCCCAAGUGAUAAAUUCUACAAUUCUCCCACAGAAACAAGACCCUCAGAUAUCCAUUUUCCUGACCUACCAAGAAAAUCAGCCAAACAAAGAAGACUCAAAAGAAAACCCACCAGGUCUGGUCCCAAGAUUGUCAAUUCAUCUGUUUCUGCUGGCUGUACCUGCCGUGCUACAAUCUGGACCAAGCCUGAUUCUCCGCCAGGUUAUUCUUCUUCUUCACCACUUGACGGCAGCUCCCCGGAGCCAAAACUUCUGGAAGAUUGUGUUCUGAAUUACAGGCAUGACAAAGUUCUUGCUCUCGAUCACUCUUUUGAUGGCAUGGUGGCCUGGUCUAACGCUUGCAGCUGCAAAGCCAAUUCUGAUAAUAAUGCGGAAGAUAUCGUUAUUGAUGUGGAUAAGAAAUCUCUUGAGGCUAAAAAUGUUGUUGGGUUUGAUAGUUUAUCUGAACUUGAACUCCCUCCCAUCUUAACGAAGCCUUGCAAGGCCGUCAACCAGGCCCCUGAGCCAACCGAGUAUAGAAGAAGUUCACUUCCAGUCAAGGUCGUCAAAGAAGAGAGAAUCGAUACUAAACAAAAUAAAACCAGUCUAGUUAGAAAAUGUUAUGCCAAUUCUCCUGGAGUUCGUCUGAGAACCAAUUCUCCGAGAAUCGCCAGUAGGAAGAUUCAGGCUCACGGCCGAAGGAGCACUUCAUCGAGUUUGAGUUCAAGCAAUUCACGGAGGAGUUUAUCUGACAGUUUUGCAGUUGUGAAAUCAUCUUUUGAUCCUCAAAGAGACUUCAGAGAAUCCAUGGUGGAGAUGAUUGUGGAGAAUAACAUCAGGGCUUCAAAGGAUUUAGAGGACUUGUUGGCUUGCUAUCUUUCAUUAAAUUCUGAUGAAUAUCAUGAACUCAUUAUCAAGGUAUUCAAGCAAAUCUGGCUCGAUUUGACUGACGUUAGGAUUAAGCUGUAAUAAUUGCUUCCAUAAUUUCAGAUAUGUAUAUAACUUUCUGAUUUCUCUUAAAUUUCCAUAAAGAGUAAGAAUGUAGUUGAGCAUAA